CAGACCUCUAGCAUCACUUUAUGCCUUGUCGAAUAUUCCUUGAAAGGUCAAGAAAAAUAAAAUAAAAUGGCGUCCGCUGUUCUCAACAUCCCCCCGGAGCUUUUACACAUGAUAUUUGCACCCCUAUCGCCUAGCGAUCUUUACACCGUCUCUCUUAUGCGGAGGAGCUGGCGCUCUAUUGCCGAGCCAUUGCUCUACGCUCAUGUUGAAUGGACAUGGACAAAGUCUCAUAACCCCCCGAUCGCCCAGUUUUUGCGAAGCAUUGUACGCAGGCCCGAGCUCGCCAGUCUUGUGCAUACUGUGAUCCUCAAUGGAGAUUGUUUCGAACGCAGCUACUAUGAUUACAAAAAGCAAAGUCCCAAGCUCCCAGUCAGUGAAGAUGUCUUGGACGAGCUAGUGCAAUGUAUCGAAAGGAUCCAUAUCCCAUAUAGUGAAAAAUGGAUCCAAGAGUUGCGGGCUGGAACGAUGGAUGCGUUUAGUACACUUUUACUAUCACGGCUCCCCAAUGUAAAAAGCCUCUAUCUGGGCCUCAACUUUGCGCGAGAGAGCCGCAUCUUGGGUAUGAUGCUGCGUUCGGCCCUCUGCGAGGAGUGCCAAGAGAGCGAUCUCCCUUCCUUUAUACAUCUCCAAGAUGUGUCAGUUAUGUUUCCUCGUCCUGGUAACUUUAUUCGCAGAUACACGGACUACAGGAACACAGCAGACGCUCUCUCCCUCUUUUACUUGCCGUCGGUUGAACAUAUAUGGACCGUAGUGGAUAACCCCGCUACUUUCAUGUGGCCUGGGGUGUAUCCCCCAAAUCUAUCGAGUCUCGUAUCCCUCGACUUGACAAUGCUGCGCGAAGGGCAUCUUGGUCAAGUGUUGUCAGCCACUCCACGGCUUCGGAAGCUUCGGUGGGAUUGGCACUACCGCCCAGAUCUUAAGGACCCUUUUGUUACAGAUAUUAUCGAUUUGGACCAAAUCGCUGCAGAUUUAUCUCACGUGCAAGAGACUUUGACAGACUUGACUAUCACGGCAGGGUCAGACGUCUCAUUGGCGGAUCCCGAACUUCCAACACUCAACUUCCGCGGGUCGUUCAAAGCUUUCAGCGGACUCCAUAUGCUUGAAAACUUGGAAGUUCCGAUUUCAUUUUUCCUUGGAUUUUCUUCCAAGGAGCCAAAUGUGGUUGGCCUAGGGGAAGCACUUCCAAAGAAUAUCCAAUGGCUGACUGUCACCGACGAUCUAUGUUUUCAGUGUGAAUGGGAAUGGUACUGGGAGGCUGAAUCUUUAUUCGAGGCUUUUCGAUCAUGGCUGCAAGACUGCAAGAAGGCCUUGCCUCGUCUCCAAGGAUUUCGCCUGUUGAUGAAGGUGCUCAAAGUGCGGGACUGGGAGGCUGAGAUGAUACAGGGGCUCAGAGACAUGGGUCCCCGGACGGGAUUUCAGGUUGAAAUAAUUGAGGGAGAGACGGAUGUCAGGUGA